CGCUUCUUAUUAUUCUUCUUCGCGUCUUAAAAGGAUGAGCUCUUAUUGUGAAAGCUGACACCGGAAGUGUCGCAUUUUCGUUCGCGCUGACUUGACAGAAGACUGGAAAGCGACCAGAUGGAAUUCAGCACUGGCUUCUUAGCAGAUUCCACACAUUUUAAAUUGUAUCGCACGCAUUUUUAGCCGACUUUGCUGCCUGCAAACAGCCCUGGCGUGACCGCAGACGCCCAUCUCGGAGGCUCGGCUGCGCUGUGAACCGGGACAGAAGCGGCGAAGACGUUUUUUAGAGAUACCCGACCAAACAUCUCCCCGCUGUCCCCAAGACGUCCAUCAUGCCGCUGUUCGGAAAAUCACACAAGAGUCCCACGGACAUCGUGAGGACCCUGAAGGAAAACCUGGCCAUCUUGGUUAAACAGGAUAAGAAGACAGAUAAGGCGUCUGAGGAGGUGUCAAAGUGCUUGGUGUCCAUGAAGGAGAUCCUGUACGGGAGCAACGAUAAGGAGCCGCACACGGAGACCGUGGCCCAGCUGGCCCAGGAGCUGUACAACAGCGGCCUCCUGAUAUCGCUGGUAGACAACCUGCAGGUCAUAGACUUUGAGGGGAAGAAGGACGUGUGUCAGAUCUUCAACAACAUCCUGAGGAGGCAGAUCGGGACGAGGAGCCCCACCGUCGAGUACUUCUGCUCCCACCAAGAGGUCCUCUUCAUCCUGCUGAAAGGGUACGAGACGCCCCAGGUGGCCCUGAACUGCGGGAUCAUGCUGAGGGAGUGCAUCCGCCACGAGCCGCUCGCCAAGAUCGUCCUCCACUCGGACCACUUCCACAGCUUCUUCAACUACGUGGAGAUGUCCACCUUCGACAUCGCCUCCGACGCCUUCGCCACCUUCAAGGAUCUCCUGACAAGACACAAAGUGCUGGUGGCCGAAUACCUGGAGCAGAACUACGACGCUGUGUUUGCAGACUAUGAGAAGCUUCUCCACUCUGAGAACUACGUCACCAAGCGGCAGUCCCUAAAGCUCCUGGGCGAGCUUUUAUUGGACAGGCACAACUUCACGGUGAUGACGCGCUACAUCAGCAAACCGGAGAAUCUCAAGCUGAUGAUGAACCUGCUGAGAGACAAGAGCCCCAACAUCCAGUUUGAGGCGUUCCACGUCUUCAAGGUGUUCGUGGCGAACCCCAACAAGACGCAGCCCAUCGUCGACAUCCUGCUCAAGAACCAGACCAAACUAAUCGACUUCCUGAGCAACUUCCAGAAGGAUCGCACGGACGACGAGCAGUUCAACGACGAGAAGACCUACCUAAUCAAACAGAUCAGGGAUCUGAAGAAACCGGCCUCUUAGAGAAACACCCCUCCCUCCACCCCAACUUUUUACCAAUAGGAAGACAUAGAAAAAAAAAAACACAUUAACAAUAAUGGUUAUUCUAUUUAAAAAAAAAAAAAAAAAGAUCCUCAAGACGUUAUUUGUCUUUUUUCCUCUUUGUUGGUUCAUUACAAACGUGUGCAAGAGUAGUUCUUAAUCACUGAUCACUUUGUUUUGUAAAUUUAUUUUUUUUCCCAUGAAAUGUUUUUUUCAUCUGUAGCAUGUAGUGCCACAACUCACGGUGUUGGAGGCAGCUGAUUCGCUUCGUUGGGAGAACCGGCGGUUAAAAGGCUUCGGCCAGGACGGUCCAGUGGCUGAAGGUUUUUUUGUUUUUUGUUUUUUUUGUUCUUUUUUUGUCAGCAUUUGCGAGGAGAGGAGGAGUAAAUGUUUAAAUGAAGUAGCCUGAAGACAGAUAAUGAAGAAUUUCUGCUCAGUUUUUGUUCUGUCAGUUGAACAGCAACAGGAAAUGAAUCUUUUUGGAAGCCCAUUUUCACCAACACGAUAGAAACUUGUAGAAUAUUUCAAAAUAAGAGCUCGGUAUCUCAUUAUAAUGAAAAGCCUUCUUCAAAUCAUGACUUGGUAUGUCACGCUAAUUAAAGAUGUUCUCACAAUAACCCCCUGGUAUUUGAAACCAGUGGAACGUGUUCUCUCACAAUUAUGAGGAACUUUCCAGAACGAAUUUGCAAAUAGAUAUAUAUUUUACUACGGUGGCGUCAAUGGGCUUCCGUCGUUUUCUGUCUUUAUCUGAAAUUCCUUCACGUCGAGCCAAAACAAGUCUUCCCUGAUCUCAAUUGGCGACGCUAACGGCGACAAAAAUACUAAGCAUACUCUUCGGAAAUGAAGGACCUUUUUAAAACUCGUGACACCGGGCCACUAUCGGUACAUCAUUUUUGAUCACUGGUUCUCUUCGCUGGUGGCUAAUAGCACUUUCUGUAUGAUAAAAGAAAAAUAUGAUUGAUUUUUUUUUUCUUUCUAAAGCCGAUCACUGAUUUCACACUGCUUGAUGGUGUUUUUUUUUGUUUUUUUUAUAUAUAUAUAUAUAUAUAUAGUUUCAUUUCUUGUCGUGUACAGUUUCUGAAGUGAGUGCCAUUGUGUGAGAGGACAUUUGAACAUGAACAGGGUGGUUUCGUUUCACUCCUUUUUCCUUCUGUGCUGUAGCGCGUUCUGAUUCGGAUCUGAUGUCGGUGUCAGGGAGGAAAAGAUUCUGAGGUGCCUUUUUUGUUUUGGUGUGUUUUUCCCUUCCUUUCACUCUUUUUUUUAUAUAUAUAUCUACACAUAUAUAUUUACACAAUCUUUUUAGGGGAGCUUAAUUAUCCUGUCGAUGAAAAUAUGCUCUGGAUGGAACAUAUUUGUUGUGAUUAAGCAGUGAACCUCUUAACUCACUAUACUUGAGUUACGCUGUCAUUUUAAUUUUUUUUUUUUCCUGCAGCGAAUCUGUUGCCAAAGUAGAGCUGAUUCAACAUGUCAAUCGCAAACUGUUUUGGAAACUGAGCGGAAAAAAAAAAAAAAAAUGCAACUGUGAAAUAAUCCACGUGCAGUUAAAGGACCGUAAAAAUGUGCAAAACCAGUGAAGGUGACGAAGUAAAGCAAUGUUGGCUUUUUCUUUUCUCUCUUUUUUUCCUCAUAACCUGCUAACCAAGCGUCUCCGUUUUCUAAACUAAAGUUUUAAAAAUCUGGAUUCACUUCCCAAUUCAUCCGCAAAUCUUUGAGCUUCCACAGAAAUAAAAGUUCGACGACGUCGUGAUUUGGGUUCUUGUUUAAUCACUCUUCAAAUGUCACAUGAUAAAUAAAAUUCAAACAGGAAAUAAAACCAGUAGUGGGCUGAGGUGUAAACUUGUAAAAUGGCACAAAAAAAACAAA